UGAUAUUUUAAUAAUUGUGUUUUUUAAUCGACAAAAUGGGUGGUUUUUGGAUUCAUGAUUGUAUUCGCUUGUUGCAUCAGACUAAUUCCGACGAACAAAAUGUUAAAAAACUUUAUGAAUAUUGUUUUUCAUUUACCAACAAAAAUUGGUCUACAGAAGAUCGGCUAGAAAUCCUGAAUCUUAUUGUGAAAUGUUUGGAAACAAAGAAUUUGACCGAUAUUGUAGCCGAAUAUUUUUCUCCAAUUCUAUUACAACUAUUACAUCAGAUCAAAAAACAUUCUAAAUUAUCGUUGUUCUUUAUAUUAAGUCGAUUGAUUGGUUCGUUUGCGAUUGCAACUAAUUUUUCCUACGAUUGUUUCAAUAACCGUUUAUUGAAUGCUGAUAAUUUGUUACGUGAAAUUCAAAAACAAAAUGAAAGCAACAACAAUGAAGAUUCUUUGAUUGGAUUUUUAGAAUCUUGUCUUGUAUUUUUAGCGUUUGAUUCAAGCUAUUUUUUCAAAAAUUUUCAAUGGUCUUUCGUCAUCAACUUUUUCAAUCAUUCAAAUCAAUAUGUCGAUUACUUGGCAAGGAAAAUACAUUCUAGGAUUUUAAAUUCCAAUUCUUUUGAACAUGAUAAGCAAGAUGAUUAUCGUCUAAAAUUGUUUGAAUUGACCAAAACUCGUACACUUCGAUUUUCUUCAAAAACCAUCAUAUAUCGUAAUACUGAUGACAACUUUUUAAUUUAUGAUCAUGAUCUAUAUGAUAAUAUUGUUUGUGUUCAAGGAAUUUUGCUGCAAGUUAUUCAACGUCCCCGGAUAAACUAUGAACUUGAUGAUGAAAUAUUUUAUGUGUCUUCUGUGAUUUUCGAACAAAAUUUAAUGUCCAUUGCGUUGGGAGUAUCAUUGAAUAAGCCAAUACUGGUUGAAGGACCAAUGAGUUGUGGUAAAUCCACAUUAAUUAAACGUCUAGCAUUGCUGACCGGCCGUUUAGAACCACCGGCCAUAAUGACCAUACAAAUUAGUGAUCAGAUUGAUACUAAAUAUUUGCUUGGUUCCUACAUUACUUCAGACAUUCCUGGAGAAUUCAUUUUUAAUUUUGGCCCCUUAUUAAAAGCCAUUCGCGAUGGCAAUUGGAUUAUAUUUGAAGACAUUGAUUCAGCAUCAUCAGAAUUGAUAUCAUCAUUAGUUUCAAUCAUCGAAUCAAGUAACAGUGCCAAUAUUGUCGGUUACGAAGGCAAGAUUGACAAAUUCGAUAGUAAUUUCCGCAUAUUUUUUACCAAAACCCUGCAAAAAUCUGAAUCUAUUCAAAGUGUAAAUUUCACAAUGUUGGAAAAAAUUUGCUAUAAAGUGAAUCUACAAAAUUUAACCAAAGAUCAAAUAUCUGAUUUGAUACAGAAAAAAUGGCCAAAUUUAAAUAUUUUAUUACCCAGAAUUGUUGAAGUUUAUGAAAACAUAAUGAAUUUUCAAUCCGAAACAAAAACAAAGCGAUUAAUACGGCUUCGUGAUUUAUUAAAAUGGUGCAAUCGUUUAUCUGUGUAUUUCACAAAAAAUGAACCUGAAGAAACAUCGAAAUUCGCCUAUCUCGAUGCUAUGGACUGCUUUGCAAUGUUUAGCUCGAAUUUUUUAAAACAAAUUGCAUACACAAUUGGCUCAAGUUUUAAUUUAUCCAAAAAUGAUUGUGAACAUUUGCUUAGAGAACGCAGUCCUAAAUUGAUGAAGAAUAUGAAUACUAUAACCAUUGGCCGUCAAUCAGUUUUAAUUGAUCCAAAAUUAUCGCAAAAUAUUUCCGAUUUUGCAUUCACAUUGAACACAACUCAAUUAUUAGAACGAUUGUUGGUCUGUGUUUCCAAUCAAGAACCGAUUUUAUUAUGUGGUGAAACAGGUGUCGGAAAAACUUCUAGCAUUCAGUAUUUGGCAAAUCUUUGUGGACAUAAAUUGAACAUUAUCAAUAUGAAUCAACAAAGCAGCAGUUUAGAACUAUUUGGUGGCUAUAAACCAGUCGAUUUUAACACUAUGAUCAUUUCAGUCAAAGAAGAUUAUUGCCAAUUAUUUGAUAAAACUUUUGAAUCGAAUAAAAAUAAUGCUUUCAAGAAUAAAUUCGAUAAACUUUAUGUCAAACAAGAUUGGAAUCUUCUUCUCGAGGUGAUGAUUAAUGUCUGUACCAAAGCAUUGAAGAAAUUUGAAAAUGAAAAUAAUACUAAAGAAUUGUAUGAAAGAUGGACAAAGUUGCAAGAAAAAUUAAAAAAUUUCAAAUCUCUCAUCGAUAUCGGUAAAAAUCAUUUAACAUUUACUUUUAUUGAAGGUGUUUUAACACAUGCAAUUAGUACUGGCCAAUGGGUUUUAUUGGAUGAAAUCAAUCUAGCAGAAAGUGAAACCCUUCAAGGUUUAUUAUCAUUCAUGGAGAACAAUCAAACCCUGAUGUUGUUUGAAAAAGCCAAUGAUCAAAUUAUUAAAGUUCAUAAAGAUUUCCGUUUGUUUGCCUGCAUGAAUCCAGCAACAGAUGUAGGUAAAAAAGAAUUGCCCAUCAAGAUUCGAAAUAGAUUUACGGAAUUUUUUAUCGAUGAAAUAGAAGAUCGUUCACAAUUACGAAUAAUUGUUUGUACAUAUAUACAAAGUAUGGUCGAUCCGAAAACAAUCGAAGCUAUUGUUGAAUUUUAUUUUCAAGUAAAUGAUUCACAAACCUUAUUGAAAGAUAUGAAUGGUCAUCGGCCAAUUUUCAGUCUACGUAAUCUAUGCCGUGCAUUGCGUGUAGUCAAAUUUAAUCCAUUCAAUUCAAUUAAUCGCUCACUUUACGAAGCAUUUUCAUUGGCGUUUCUUUCGAAUCUUGAUCAAGAAUCAUAUACGAUUGUCCAGAAGCGAAUCGAAACAAUUAUUUUCCAUAAUAAAAAUAUGAAAUUUUCAGACUCAUUAAAAAAUCUGGAAAAACUAUUUCCGUCCAAAAAUUUUGUGAUCAUAGAAAAUUAUCCCAUUAUUAAAGGUCCAAACGAACCUGUAAUAGAUGAAAACUACAUCCUCACUACAACAGUGUCUAAAAAUCUUCGUGACGUUUGUCGAAUCAUUUCGGCUGGACGUACCUAUCCGAUAUUAUUACAAGGGGAAACUUCUGUUGGUAAAACAAGCCUUAUUCAGUGGUUAGCAAAAGCAACAGGUAAUAUUUGCCAUCGAGUAAACAAUCAUGAACAUAUUGAUCUUCAGGAAUAUAUCGGAAGUUAUUGUUCACAAUCAGAUGGAAAAAUUAUAUUCAAAAAAGGCGUUCUUGUUGAAGCUAUGAAAAACGGUCAUUGGAUCAUUCUAGAUGAAUUGAAUCUGGCUCCAACCGAAAUUUUAGAAGCUCUAAACAGAGUAUUGGAUGAAAAUCGUGAAUGUUUCAUUCCAGAAACACAAGAAGUAAUAAAAGCCCAUUCACGUUUUCUCUUAUUUGCAACACAAAAUCCUCCGGGAAAAUAUGCUGGACGAAAAGUCUUAUCCCGUGCGUUCAGAAAUCGUUUCAUCGAAUUAAAUUUUAGCGAAAUUCCUAUUGAAGAACUUGAAAUUAUUUUACAUAAAAAAUGUAUGAUUCCAUUAUCAUAUUCCAAACGAAUGGUUUCAGUCUUAAUACAACUACAAAAAUGUCGCUGUAAAUCGGAUAUAUUUGCCGGAAAACAUGGUUUCAUUACAUUACGUGAUCUAUUUCGUUGGGGAUAUCGUUAUAUGAAAUUUGCAGCAAAAUUAGAUGAAAGCAUCAGAUUUUUCGAUUGGAACCAAUUUCUAGCCAAUCAAGGAUUUAUGCUUUUAGCCGGAAGAGUUCGUCACAAUGAAGAUGUUAUUUUGAUUAAAGGUAUUCUGGAAAAAAUUUUCAAAUGUAAUAUAUCUGUUGAAGAAUUAUUUGAUAUGCAUGAAGAAAAAGUUGAAUCAAAAAAUAUUUUCACAAAUUCUAUCGUCUGGACAAAAGCUUUUAAAAGACUGGGCACUUUACUUAGAGAAGCUAUCGAAUUCGAAGAACCAAUACUAUUGAUUGGAGAAACUGGUUGUGGUAAAACGACCAUCUGUCAAUAUUUUGCCACAAAAAGUGAGAAAACUCUGAAAAUAAUCAAUUGUCAUAUGAAUACUGAAAGUUCUGAUUUCCUUGGAAGCUUACGACCGAAUCGAAAUGCUUGCCAUGGCCAGGAUGAAAUGCUUUUCGAAUGGGUAGAUGGCCCAUUAGUUACUGCUAUGAAGAAUGGAGAUUAUUUCCUUGUGGACGAAAUAUCUCUAGCAGAUGAUUCUGUUCUAGAACGUUUAAAUUCAGUUUUAGAACUAGAACGGACAGUGUUUUUGGCUGAAAAUAAUGAUUCAUUUUGUCGAAUCAAAGCACAUGAUUCAUUUCGUUAUUUUGCAACCAUGAAUCCUGGAGGAGAUUUUGGCAAGAAAGAAUUGUCUCCAGCUCUUCGUGAUCGAUUCACUGAAAUCUGGUGUCCCGGUUUUGAAAAUUAUGAUGACAUAUAUCAGAUCGCCUUUCAUAACCUCGAAAUAAUUGAUGAAGAAAUCAGAAAAAUAGUAUCCAAAUCGAUUCGUGAUUUCAUCGAAUGGCUCGAAAAAUUGGUUAACAAACGUUUCAUAAUAAGCGUUCGUGAUAUAUUAAGUUGGACACAAUUCAUAGAUAAAACAUAUUCAAUUAAACCACAACGACUCAGUUUGUAUGAUGCAUUUAUUCACGGUGCUCAUCUCGUUUACAUUGAUCCACUUAUUAUCGGCAAUCAAUCCAUUGUCAAUAAAAAUGAAGAAAUGAAAAUAAAUUGUCAAGAAUACCUGCAAAAUUUUAGUCAAAAAUUUCCAGAUAUUCAUUUCAAAGCCGAUUGCAAUGAAAAUUCAUUACUGGAUAAUCGAAUUUAUAUUGGACCGUUUUCGUUUGAAAAAGCAGAAUCUAAUCGACAAAAUUCACUCACAAAUUACUAUUGGCAAAGUACUGGUGUCCAAAAUAACUGUGUUCGAUUGAUGCGAGCAUUACAGCUUGAUAAGCCUAUUUUACUUGAAGGACCUCCUGGCGUUGGCAAAACAUCAUUAAUUCAGGCCCUAGCCACUAUCUGCUGUGAUUCAUUGAUUCGGAUAAAUUUAUCUGAACAAACUGAUAUCAGUGAUCUAUUUGGCUGUGAUCUACCGGUUGAAGGUGAAGGAAAUGCAGGAAAAUUUGAAUUUCGUGAUGGUCCAUUUUUGACCGCAUUAAAAAGUAAUGAACCAACAUGGAUUCUAUUGGAUGAGCUUAAUCUUGCAACACAAACUGUUCUUGAAGGUUUGAAUGCUUGUCUUGAUCAUCGUGGCGAAAUUUUCAUUUCCGAACUGAAUAAAACAUUCUCAGUGAAUAAAAACAAAACAAGAAUAUUUGCAACACAAAAUCCUUAUUCAAUGGAUAGAAGUCGAAAACGAUUGCCUAAAUCAUUUUUAAAUCGUUUUACUGUUGUAUACAUUGAAAAUUUGACUGAUGAAGAUUAUUAUUUUAUUCUUGUAAACAUGUUUCCGAAAAUUCCUCACGACAAUAUUCAACGGAUGAUUUCAGUUAAUCGUCAGAUUUGUGAAAAAAUUGAACAUGAAAAUUUCGCCAAAAAAGGUGGACCAUUUGAAUUUAAUCUUCGUGACCUUAUUCGUUGGAUACAAUUGAUUGAUAAAUUUCAGGAAAAAUAUUCUCAUAUUGAACCUGAAUUAUUUUUUGAUUUCAUAUAUACAAACAAAAUGCGAACUUGGGAAUGUAAACAAAAAAUGCAACAGAUUUGUUUGGACGAAUUCAAAAACGUUAAUCAUAUACCAACAAUGUGCUACCUGAACAGUUCAUUAUUCCAGAUGGGAUUAGCUAUAUCAGAGAGAUUAUUUAAUCAAAUAGAUAAUCGUAAUAUUCAUUAUUGUUUUCGUGAACAAAUGGCCAUUAUCGAAUCGAUAUUGAUAUGUAUCGAAAUGAAUUGGUUAACAAUAUUGAUUGGUGAUUCUGGAUUGGGAAAAAGCCAUAUAAUUCAACUUGUUGCCGAUGUUCGUGGUCAACAUUUGAACAUUAUUCAUGCCAAUGCCGAAAUGGAUACCAUCGAUUUGCUUGGUGGUUUUGAACAAAAAGAUGUCAAUGUUGAUCUCAAAAAUAUUGAAAAAGAAAUUGUCACAUAUGGAUUUAUCGAAAUCGCCAAAAGAAAUCAAGAUCAUCUGUUAUGGCCCAAGUUUUUUGCAUAUAUUUUUCGUCUUUCAACUAAUACCUUGAAAUUCAAAAUUAAAACUUUGAAAAAAAUUUUGAAUUUAUUCAAAGAUUGCCCACAGCUUUUAUCAUUUCGAAAUCAGUUGCAAAAAUUUGAAACAAUCGAUGACCAACAUAAUAAUAAUAAUAAUGGUACAUUCGAAUGGAGAGAUUCUUCUCUUGUCAAAUCAAUUCGAACCGGCGAUUGGGUUGUCAUUGAAAAUGCUAAUCUUUUGAAUCCUGCUGUUUUGGAUCGUUUCAAUAGUCUACUCGAACCGGGUGGAAGUUUGACAAUCAACGAAAAAGGUUCGAUUGAUGGCCAAAUUACUGAAAUUCAUCCACAUUCAAAUUUUCGAUUAUUUUUUACAAUGAAUCCAAAAUUUGGUGAACUAUCACGUGCUAUGCGUAAUAGAGGAAUAGAAGUGGUCAUGUUUCCUGUUACUGAAGAUUUUAAACAUUCAUUGGAUGAAUACAGACAAAUUCUUCAUGAAUAUGGAUUCAAAAUUUCCGAUCAACAAAUUGAACAAUUUUCUCACAAUAGACGUGAAUUUUUUCAAUUUAUUGAACAAAUAAUUUUAAAAAGCCAACAAAUUGGUUCCAAUCAUCAAAACGAUUCAAAUUUUGAAAAUAUUGAAUCUGAUCCUUCAAUGUCAGUUUCAUUGUCAAAAUUUAAUUAUUUGUCUAAUGAUUCUAAUUUGCAUUAUGCAAUGCAAGAUUAUAGAAUACUUUUCAAUUCAACAUUCUCCUCUGAUAAUGAUUCAUUGAAAGUGAGAUUGUUUUUUGAAAAUUCAUCUUUGGCUGAUUUUAAUAUACGAUUUCGAAUAUUUUCUACAUCCAAUGAUUAUGUCAAAUUAUUGUACGAAAAACUUUUUACCAUAUUCAAAGAUGCACAAUCAUUUUUCGAUCAUGAUCUAUUUGAUUUUAUCAAAAAAUUACCAAUUGAUUUUCGAGAAAAUAAUUCUACCUGUUUAUUUAUUUCUAAAAAUAUGAAAGAAAAAUUUGAUCAAUGGAACAAACACUUGAACAAUUUUCAUAUGAAUUUAUUUUGGACAGAUCUUAAACAACGUUUGCCAUCAAUACAUUCAUUGCUAUUAUGUGAAGAAAUGAAACAAAUGGAUGUUUUUAUUUCUAUUGAAAAAUUUUUGACCACAAUUUUUCAACAACUAGAUCAUAUCAUUACGAUUACGAAACCAAACGAUGAUCAAGUCAUAACUAUUCGUGAAACUUUAGUCGUUUUUUAUCAAAUUUUUUCAAUUUGUACUCAAUAUCACCAUGAACCACAAAAAUUUAUCAAAGAAAAAUUUUUUCCAAUUUGGUUUUUAUUGAAU